AAGAGAUAGUUGUUGCUCGAGCAGAGCAGGAACACAAAGCAGCAGCAUCCGUUGGAUCUACUCCAUUCGACACGGCGACGCAGUUGCGAAGCUUCCAGCGUCACGACUACAUCCCAGCGAACAACAGCAGCAGAAUCAUGUGGUGGAGCCGUAAGUUAGCCACUAGGUGCCUCCGCCUGCGCCUCCAUCGCACCAAAACCACAAACUCCACCUCCGCCCUGGAGCCGGAGCAGACGCUAGCCAUCAUCGGUGUGCCCUUCGCCAAGGGGCAGGGAAAGCAGGGUGUGGAACUAGCACCGGAUUUCCUGCGGCAGAGCAACCUGCGACAGGUGCUGCAGAGCAGUCAUGAUGGCCUGGUUAUCCGCGACUAUGGGAACCUGCAGUAUGCCGUGGACGAGUCGCUGCUGCAGCAGCAGCGGGUGCACUAUCACCACAUCCGGAACUACGCCGACUUCAUGGCCUGCAACCGGGCGCUGAUCGAGCAAGUACAGUUGAUGCUCAGGGAGAACUCUCAGUUUCUGGCCAUUGGCGGCGACCAUGCGAUUGGGUUCGGCUCCGUAGCUGGGCACCUGCAGCACACGCCGAAUCUGUCGCUGGUUUGGAUCGAUGCGCACGCGGACAUCAACUUGCACAGCACCUCGCAGUCGGGCAACAUCCACGGCAUGCCCGUGUCGUUUCUGCUGGAGCAGCUGCGCAGCACCUGGCAACACGCUGGCCUCCAGGAGAUCGCUCCCAACUGUUUGCCCAAGGAUCAGUUGGUUUACAUCGGCCUGAGGGACAUUGACCCCUACGAGGCGUUCAUACUUAACAAAGUCGGGAUACGCUACUAUGCGAUGGAUACCAUCGACCGCGUAGGAGUGCCAAAGAUCAUUGAGAUGACUUUGGAUGCUCUAGAUCCGCAGAACAAAAUUCAUGUGAGCUUCGACAUCGACGCUUUGGACAGCAACGUGGCGCCCAGUACCGGAACAGCGGUGCGCGGAGGGCUGACUUUGCGCGAGGGCAUCAGCAUCGUGGAGGCGCUGCGGGACACUAAACGAGUGCAGGGCGUCGAUCUUGUGGAGAUUAACCCCAAGCUGGGCAGUGACAGAGACGUCCGCACCACCGUAGAGUCCGGCCUGGAGAUCCUGAAGAGCAUGUUCGGCUACCGGCGGUCCGGCAAGUGGAGCAACAUCGACACCGGCAUUUUGGGGAGCGACUAAGCCAAGAAGUACAGCUCGAACUUAUCCAUAUUUAUGUACAAUAUAUUUGUGUGCCAUUUUUUUGUAUAUUAAUGAGGGAAUAAAAAAACUUAGUCUUA